AUGAGUGGUGCCUGCUCACGGGAGUUGGCGCAGUCUUUGCACAACGGUCUCCCGCCAGGCACCAUUCCUUCAGGGCUUCUUGUUGCGAACGUAGCAAAGGCCGAGAGUCUGGAAGACCUCGUUCGUGAAGUCGAUUUAGUUCAUCGGAGUCCUGUCGUUUUCACGGUGUCUCAACCUCAACGGUUCCCGCAGCUUCUGACUGCGUCGCCCGGCGAGGGCUUCGCGGAAUGGACAGCUCCGACUGGGAGAGAACCAUCUGGACAGUUUCUCAUGGAAUUUGACCGCGUCAUCUGCGUUCCAGGCCAAAGAGUUGGACUCCUCUGCCCAUGCGAGGGUCAGUACGAGGGUCAAGCUUGGCAUCGGCACCCUUUGCAUGUGAGAAUCCUCCAGCGCGGCCUCGGCCUACUCCGGCCUGGUGGACGACUUGUUUUCGCGGCGCUUGCCCAGCACCCAGUCGAGAACGAGGCAGUCAUAGCUGCAGCCUUGAGCAGGUAUGGCCCGUCUGUGCAAAUAGAAGAUGCGACGCGGCAGCUUGCCUGCCCAUCGUCUUUGGGCUGCACCUCAUGGAGCAUACCCAACCCUAACAAGGGAGAGGAGCCAUCCCAUUUCCUGUCAUGGGACGACGUUCCUCUCAAACUGCGGGGGGGAAAAGUUCUUCGCACUAUGUUUCCGCCGAGACACAGUGAGCCAAAUGGUCUCGAACUGGGCUCACAGCUUGCUCGCUGUUUGCGGGUGGGUGUGGGCCCGGGGCUCUUUUUGGCUGUCUUGGUCAAGGAGUCAACAGCACCGAGGAUUUGUUCGUCGCCGUGUCCCGUGGAGGAAGACGAGCAGUCCUCCUUCCCACCGGGAAGCAACAUCAUGGUCAGAGCAUCAGGAGCCUUUGCAAGGGUAGUUGGACGUGGAAGUGGCCCCUAUGCAGGCUUAGUGAAGAUCAGAUACCCUGACAGGUCCACAUAUCACUUGGAGGCGAGUGAGCUGCAACCUCUGUCGACUCGAGCCGCAGCUUCACCAGCUUUCACGGCGUUUAAAGCCGCUUGCCUGGCUGUGACAACGAUGAGCACUCUGUUCUGUAUCACUCGGUCGCGGCGCACUCACACUAUUUUCCACCGGCUAAAGUGGCAUUCGGGGGCACUUUUAAGUGCAUGUAUUGCCUUUGCUUGCAUGCGAAGUCGGCGGCGCGGAGGACGCAGUCCGGUCGUUGUGGAAAAGUCCCCACUUCCUGGAUCUAGAGUUGUGAGGGGAUGUGCUAACGUGCCACGACCGGUGCAAUCCUUUUGCAGCUUCUUCGGUUGGGAUCUAUGCUGGGAGAAGUUCCGAGAUUGUCUGGCCUAUCGAACGGCCGAUAAGCGCGAUUUGUACUUGGUGUCCGCAGCGGUCUUUCAACUUCGCGUUCCCGAACAGCUGCGUCAAGCCCUUUGUGGAAUGCCCGUCUUGACUAGGUGCGAUGUGUUGGAAAAACGGUACUGGGGUACCGGCGACCUGAAGCCCAGAUCCACACUGACAGCCUUCCUCCGCAAGCAUGCAUCACGGCGGCGUCUCCACUUUCAGGACGCUCUGCUUCAGGAGAUCUUGGACACAGGUCGUUUGUCGCUCGAAAAGGCCUGCACGCUCGAAUCACAAGGUCAGCUCGAAGGAUUGGACUCUUGCACCUCUGCGGGAAUCCUGCGACCUGGCUGCGUGCUAAUCUUACGCAGUGAAGCCGAUGACCCCGAGAAUUCCGAGUGUUGGCUCGGCGUUCUGGGAUCCAGGCACCUGGAGAUACCAGAGGUGCUGCAUGGUGCUGGCGGCUACAGUAGAUUGUCGCGUAGCACCCACUGCCUUGCUUGUGACAUGGCUUUGGUUGCCCGUCGAAUCACGCGACCAGGCUGGACAUGGACAUUCCCGCUUCAGCAGGUCCGGUGCUCUGCAGGUUCUAGCAGUGACAUCCUCACGGCCAGUGCUGCAACGGACGUGGCCCGCUUGGGCGGUGCUAUCGCCGCACGUCUUCGCCAGGUUGGCAGCGCAUCCAUUCGCUGCAUCGGUCCAAAAGCUGCGUACCGUAGCGUCAAGUCAGUCGUCAAUGCCAGCGACUAUUUGAGUCGAGAUCCGGAUGCACUCGAAGACCGCUUUCUAGGAAUGGAAGUGUCGGAGAGCAAGGCGCGAAGCAGAGAACAGGCGGAGCACAGCAACGAGCUGCAUCUUCGUGUGCACCCUGUGCAAUUACCAGCUGGUGCCUUCCAGAAGAGCAAGCCAGCUGUGGAACUUCUCGUUGGAGCCAGCACGCAGCCCGGCAAGGCGGCUGCGGCCAUGGCAGGUGCGCUGAGGCCAAUGGGAGGAGGCCAUGGGAAGUAUCCUCUGGUCAGAGGCAUCGGAACGAUUGCGAUUCACCGUGCGCUUGUCGCAGCCUAUCUUGCCCAAAAUUACUUAGACAACGACGAUCGGGGAGUUCGAUUCCUGGUGGUGCCGCGCUUCGUGCAGGAGGUUGUCAUGAUGGUGCGCAUCAUGCUUGCGGGUGACUUUGAGAGAUAUCGACAUGGUAGUGCCCGCAUCGCAAACCUGAGCCUGAGCCAUGAGGGGCAGGCCAUGAGUGCUUCGCAGCUCGUAGCGUCCGGAGAUGUUCGCCCUCCCCACUGCGCCUGGAGCCGCUUUGGCUCUGCUUCUUCCUUGGAUCCGCUGGGCGGAGGAACCACAAUCGCAGUCAGCUUCACACAGGGCGACAAGAUUGAAGUGGAGUUCUUCCUCUACACCAGAGGCUAUGAGCGAGGGUUUGCACCGCUUCACGCCGGGUGGAAUGCAGUGCUCUCCGUGACGUUGUGCUCAAGCCGUCCCAGCAACUGGGUGUGGCUGCGCGCUACAGAGUCGAAGAUGAAGUUGCUGGGCAACAGAAAGAGCAAGAAACAGAAGCUGAGCCGGAAAUACAACAUCCAGAAGCGAAUCCGUGAGCACAAGCGACGGGUGAAGAAGGAAGCAAAGAAGUUGGGUCUCAAGAAAAGAGUAAGGAAAGAUCCCGGAAUUCCAAACAGUCUGCCAUGGAAGGCCGAGCUUCUCGCGGAGAUAGAGGCCAAGAAGGCCAAGCGCGAGGAGGAGCUCGCAAGGAAGAAACAAGAGGCGAAGAAUAAGGUGAAGCAAGACCGCCUGGAACAACAGCGACAGUCCCAGGAGCUGCGGCAGCAAAAAGAUGCGGAGCGGCGGAAGAAAAGAGCCGAACAAGUGCGGCUCUCUUCCCUUUAUCACCGCCUCUUGCAUGCUACCCGCUUUUCGGUCUGCGCAGAAGAAGCCGAAGGCCUCAGCCUCGGCAAGCUCGGCAAGCGCCCCCUCCGGGCUGCGCGCCUCGCUGGCGCUACGCCCGCAAUACGACCCGCCGGGCCUUCCACACUGGGUGAGGACGUCAGCCUCGCCGUAACAACGCCCGUCCCGUUUGAGGCAGCGACCAUCUCCGGGGACAGCAGCCCAGCCGCCUUGUUCGGCGACAGUAUGACCUUUCAGCAACGUGACAGUGGACCACGAAGGCAACUCCCCGCAGAAGCGCCGAGCGCUGGCUACGGGGACACCGCCGACUACAGGGACACAGUCUUCGCCGAACAGGGCCUUCGAUUACCGCCCCAAGCCAUCGCCCAGCCGACCCGCUUCACGUACAACGCAGACCUUCGAAUGCGCCGGUUGGACUACGUCUCGCCAUCACGGGGACCCACUCCGACACCUACAGCAUCGGCGAGCACAGGGACCUCCCAGCAUCGGACAACGAGCCGCACCGGGAUUUACGCAAACAAGAGCCGGGGCCUUACACGCCGCCUUUGGCUCUUCAACGAUAUCCUGUACACCGGGAAGUUCCCCUCGAAGCUCGACAGGUUAGCCCAGAAAUUCUGGAUCAUAAAGCUUGAUGUGCGGAAAGCUUUCGACUCCAUGAGCCAGCGCUACCUGUCCGAGUUAGUGACCGCCACGGUCGGCAAAGACUUGCCCUGGGAGGCCUGCCUCGGAGCAGUCGAGAAACAGUUCGCACUACAGAGACUCGAGAUUAACACCGAAAAGACGAUGGUCGACGGGGGUUCUCGGGUCCCCCUGACCUUCGCCAACCCACCAGGCGAGACUGACGGUGCACCGGAACAAACGCUGCGGGGAACCUCCGCUGGUGGAGGGGAGAACAGCGCCUUCCAGCUCGCCGCAGUUGCCGGGGAGAACUGGGCCGACGUCGCGCAGGACUGGAUCCGAUGGCAACUUCGGCUGAUGGUCAUGGCGCCGUUGACUUUGAUGGAGAAUCGUCUAGGAACAGCUUCUUCGCAGGGCCACAGGUGCGUGAUGAACUGCUCCACAGAUUUGCUCGCAGAAUCCAGUGUCUGUGAGUCGGGGCGGAACAACAUGCUGGUGAGCACGCCUGCGUUUGGUGGUGUUGCCAGCAUUGAGCGACUCCGCCAGGCCAAUCGCUUUCUGGCCUUGCAGAAGGCCGACAGCCUUGUGCAGCCCAUGUUUGCGCUCAGCAUUGCGAUGACAGCCACAUGUGGGGUUCAUGAGCAAUGGACGACGCGGGCAGACAUCAGGCGAGAGCAACUUUGCGCCAAGCAACGUCCGCUGUAUCUCAACGAGGGCUGGGUCCAGUUCAGUUUCCUGUGCUUCUUCAUUUUGAGUUCGCCUGACAACAUCAAGCUCCUGCAGCCAAAGAGGCAUGCACUGAAGAAGGUGCUGGAGUGUCCGGCAUGGCAGCCAGUGCCCAGCUGCACAGCACGUUGGACAUCUUCCGACGCGCUUCUGCGUCAUGAAGCAAAAGCGGAACAGAAGUGGGUGGGCUUGCCGCUGGUAAGGCAGCGGUCUGAAAGGUUUCAAGUCGUUCGCCAGACGGCGACCCUUGAGCAAGCCUGUGAGCAGAGGCAAUUGCGCGUCCUUCUCCUCGAGAUUGCUCCCGUGGGUGGGGGAUGCCUUGCGAAAGAAAGAAUGAAAGCGGACAAAGAGAGUACGAAUGUCUUGCCGGUGCCGGCGAGCAAAAGCAUGCAGGCUCUUGUGAAGGAUCCAGCAAUUGUGGGCGCACAGUCAGGACGAGAGCUGCUGCCUUAUUGCUUAGAUACGAACAAGCUGGUUUUCCUCGAUGAACAGGACUACGUGCGGCUCUUCCGCACCGAGCUGGAAGAGCAGGCAAGACGAGCAAUCCUGCGGCGGAAGAGGUGUUUUCUUCCGUUCGACGAUUGUGUCAAAUGGGUGCGGGCCAUGGGCCUCUGGGACAACCAGGAGGAGUGGGAAGAGCCGCUCGGAAAGCUUGGUCAAUGGAAGGGCUGGGCGUAUUUCUUGGGUGCGCCUGGGACGGAGGCUUCCCCUGAUCGUGAGGGCACGACGUAA